GCGAACGCGAUCCACAUACGGACCAAUUGUAGACGACUGACCAAGAGAAACCAAAGCGGCCGAAUCGAGCUCAGAAGUCGAGCACCUCUGGUAGUCUAAUGUGCCACGAUGAGCGCGCAAAACCAAUCGCCGAACUAUAUCGUAAAAAUCGACGACGAAGCCUUUGUGCUCAUCAUAAUCGUCGGUGCCAUCGCGCUGAGCUUCCUAGUCGUGGCCUGGAUCUUCGUCUAUCACGUCCUCAAAGAUCGCAAAAGGGCGAAGAAACGGCAAGCCGCAAAGAAAAGAUUAUCCGAUGACAUUGAAUGGGGCGGAAAACCGGAGCUGUCCGGGGGAGAAAAGCAGGGCAUAGGAGCGCACGAGCUAGAGCAGCCAACGACACUGGAGCUUGAUAGUAAUGAGGUGCGAGAGCUGUGGGCUGAUGAGGUAGCGGAGGCGGAUGGAAAACCAAACCUCGUCGAAUUUGCCGCUACCUCGUUUUCGAAACCCCGGUCUUCGAACGGAGCUGGCAAGCCGUGACGCCAAAGAGGGUUCCGAAAAGCACUGGAGGUAAACAUUCGACGGUAUCGGCAUGGGAAGCAUUUGGAGAGCCGCGGUGGUUGUGGCCGCGACGCACACAGCUCUCCACGCUAUGCACCUGCGAAGAUUCGGAAGAAUGGACUCAUAUUUUUGCACCUGAUUGGACUUCGACUGGAAGAAGGAGCCCUCGGCGGCACGAUGGCGCGCAUCAGACCAUGUAGACUGCUC